AUGUCCAGAAACGUACAAUUUCUACAGUACGCAGAUGAUAUCGUGAUAUUUACCUCUCAUUGCAAUCCUGUGAAGGCAGUUGAUAGGAUCCAGACAACUUUAAAUAAAGUUUCGAACUAUGUUGGGACCAAGGGCUUAUCUCUCUCCCCUUCCAAGUCAAGUUGGAUGAUUUUUGCGAUCUCUAAGGCUGUGCCCGCGCCAGAUUGCUCUCUUUCUAUAGACAAUCUUCCUAUUCCCAGAGUGGAAAAGGUCAAAUUCCUAGGAGUUAUAUUGGAUCGCAAAUUGAAGGGUAACCUACAUUUGGAAUAUCUUGUGAAGAAAGGAAAGGCUCUAGUUAACAUUAUGUCAACUCUCACGGCGGUUUGGUGGGGUUCCCAUCCCCACUGCUUACUUGCCAUAUACCGAUCCGUUUUUAGGGGAGCUGUAGAAUACGCCUGUUCAAUCUUCACAUGGAAAAAUAAUGCAAGAAUUUUCCGUCAACUCGAGAGGUUACAGUCCAAAGCCAUAAGGACGUCCAUGGGAUACCGCUUGUCUACUCCUAUUAAUGUCAUGCUGUGCGAGGCGAGGGAAUAUCCCUUGAGAUUAAGAUUUAAUCUUCUCAGCGAGAGAUUCGUUAUCAAAUGCAUGUCUAAAAGAAAUCAUCCGGUUAUAAACAGUAUUGAAUCUUUGGAAUAUAGUCUUAGCACACCUGCGCAGAAGGCUCAGGUCCUGGCUAAAUCUCCUUCGCUGAGAUGUUACAUUAUCAACAAACAUGACAUUCCACACCUGAAAAGUUCAUACUUUAUUCCCGCAUUCGAGAGUAGUUUGAAUGCUUUCAUUUUUCGUAAACAUUUUGAAUCUUUUAUCUCCUGCACUAAGGAAACCAACGAUAAUGAAAUUAUUCAUUCUUUUAGCAGCAGACUUCAGGAACUAGACCCAUCCGGUCUCACCGUUUAUACAGAUGGAUCAAAGCUGUCGGAGGAUGGAUGCGUGGGUGCGGCCUUUUUCUCGCCGGAACUUGAACAUUGCUUCAAAUACAAGCUAACUUGCAGCACUUCAGUAUUUACGGCGGAAGCUUGGGCAAUAUAUCAAGCCUUGAUUUUGGCACUAGAUGCCGGCUAUUCUAAAAUUUACAUUUUUUCAGAUUCCCGCAGUGUACUGCAAGCCAUCUCGUCCCACAGAUUGAUCAAUGGUAAUUACAUUAUUCACAAAAUAAAGCAAGUUUUGCACCAACUGGAGCAUAGCAAUAUCGACUGCUUUCUCUUCUGGAUCCCCUCGCAUAAGAGCAUCUUAAUUCUUAGGCAACGAGCUGGCUGA